UGAAGGCUCUGUUGUGUUGUGGGACACCGUCCGGGCUGCAUCUUUUGCUCCAUACAAACAGAUUUUGUCGCACCAGCUUGAGAUCAUGGAGUCUUUGGGGCUUGUACACACAGCCAAGACCCUGUUUGAGAACUCCAGCGCUCUUCCUCCGCCCACCACCACUGAGACCUUCUUGACUCCAGAAUGGGACCUGAUCUAUGCCAUCAUUCCCCCCUACCUUUUUAUUCUGAGUGUGAUGGGAUUCCUGGGUAACUCCUUUGUGUUGUUGAUCUUCCUGCUCCAUAGAGGGCGCUGGACUGUCCCUGAGAUCUAUCUGGGGAACCUAGCCCUGGCUGACCUCCUCCUCUUGGCCAGCCUGCCCUUCUGGGGUGUGACUAUGCUCUUCCAGCACAACUGGCCUUUCGGCUCCUUUCUCUGCAAGGCUGUCAACCUCUCUGUCGUUGUCAACUUCUACACCAGUAUGUACAUGCUGGCCAUGGUGAGUGUGGACCGCUAUCUGGCCCUGGUGAAGACCAUGCAGGCCAAGUGGCUGAGGAGGACACGCUACGCAAAGGCGGUCUGCCUGGGGCUCUGGGUGUUUGGAGUUCUGAUGGGCGUGCCCACCAUAGUUCACAGGAAGGUUGUGCCGUGGAGUCAGACUGAGGACUUCAAGGCUUGCCAAUUGGACUACCCUGCCCAUUCCUGGAAACUGGCCCAACAGCUCCUAUUGAAUGUGGUGGGCUUUGUUCUACCUGUUCUGGUGAUUGUCUUUUGCAACUUGAACAUAGUCAGGACCUUGAAUAAGAGGAGGGAGUGUGUUUACACGCCGGACGCCACUGACAGGAAGGCCACGGUUCUGGUGCAUGCUGUGACGAUCCUCUUCCUCCUUUGCUGGGUGCCCUUCCAGUUCUUCACGUUCCUGGAUUCACUCUGCGACAUGGGGCUCCUGGAUGAAGAGGCGUGGGUCCUCACUCUGGACAUUGGCAACCAGUUCUCCACAUACCUGGCGUUCCUCAACAGCGGCCUGAACCCUGUGCUGUAUGUCUUUUCCGGGCAGUACUUUAGGAGGAAAGUUAGCGCCAUCUACAGGACCAGACAGCAACGCAGGGGAUCGGACAUGACUGCGCAGCAACGCUCAGUCAUUUCUACCUAUCUUCACAAAACAGAGCAAAUCAAACCUGCAAGGAUGUAGAUACCAUCCCCUGACCUCUUCACUCAGGGUUUAUGGAGAAGCACAGACGAAAGAAUGUAAGAGAAAACAUAGUGUUAGCAAAACAAUAGAUAUUAAAUUACUGUUUUAUGCCAGAUUGUUGAAAAGAAUGUAAUUGUUCAAUCUUGUCUGGUCCAGAUCAUGAGGCUUGUGUGUUGAUCUCAGAUGUAUUUGAAGAACUCUUUGCUGAAAUGAUUUGAAGUUACUUUUGGUAAACUUCUCUUGUUGAAGGAAUCAAGGGGACAACAGCCAGUGUUAUUCGUUUAAGUGACUGCCAGUGUGUGUGUGCAUGUGUAUGCGUGUGUGAGUGUGCAUGUGAUUUGUGACUGCUUUCCAUAUUGUAGGCUGUCCAAGCGAUUCCACACGACCACCCACAUAUAUUAUUUGCAUGUGUAAGUCAUCUGCUUUUGUAUAUCUACUUGUAAAUCCUGCCAGUAUAGUAAGUCAUAAUUCUCAAGCAAAAGACAUAGCACACAGGGAAGUGAUUUGUGGUAAACAUGAUUCCAUUUAUAAUAUCGACUGGAUAGGAUCGACUGUUGCAAAACAUCCCAACUUUUUCACAUUAGAGUAAGCUCACCCUUGUUCUACAGUUAUGUAAGAAUAUGUUUUUCGAAAUGUUUAGCUUUCCUAGAACCUUCCCGCCAACCCUUCACUAUACAGACUCCAAGACUCCCAGCACAGUUCUCCAGUACAGAUGAGAAAGAAUCCAUGACAGUCUACAGGAUCAUGUGUUUAUCACAUGCUUCAAGGUGCUUCGCUCAACUGUUCCAUCCCUGACUCCUGAGCAAGUCCAGAAUCUGAAGACAGAGCAAAAGCAUUCCAGCCACUCACAGUUUGGGUUCUUUGGGUUAGGAACACCAUAUAGGGUGUCUUUCUGUGUGAUGAGAUGAAUGGUAAAAGUGUUUCACUGUAAAUAAACAAUUUACUUAUGGACCUGUACUUUCAAACCAUUCUGCACAGGACAACAUGCAAGCCGUACCCGAGAAGUAAGGUGUCUGCUAGUGUGCGUGUGUGUGUGUGUGAGUGGGCUUGUGUAUAAUUAGGCAACUAA